AUGCGCCGGCCAAGUGUCCCGAGAACGAGCCCUGCACGGCCGUUAUCAACCAGAGCUGCUCGUGUGGCCACCUGCAAGUCCGUACAAGCUGCGGCGCGAGCACCUCGAACCCGACGAGCCCGCAACGCCCGCCUCGCCGACGCACUCGGCAUCAAGUCGCCCGUCGACCGGACACUGACCGAGUGGGCUCCUGAACUGAGGGCGUUCGCGCGCGGCAACCCGCAGUUCGUGAAGACUGUCGAGUCGACGUUCAAGGACUUUGUCAAUGGACCCCGCCAGACGCUCGUCCUUCCUCACAUGCCUCUCGCAAAGCGCACAUUCGUCAUGUCUAUGGCGGAUGUGUACCACCUUGGCCGCGAGCUCAUCGAUGCUGAGCCCAACCGCUCCGUCCAGAUCAGGAGGCGUGUCGAUACCCGGCUCCCCAACCCGCUGCUCAGCGCUGCUGCCCCGCCCAUCGACAACAAGCUCGGUGGGCUCGGAAACCUCCGCGCUGCUCCGGCGACUACCAGUGCCUGGUCACCCAAGCCGUCCACGCCUGUCCUCGGCAGCGGAUCGUCAAGCCGCGUUCCCUCCCGCGUUCCCUCUCCGCGAUCCACGGCGCCUGCUGCGACACCGGCACCCGCCCCGACCCAUUCGGCGCCCGUGCCCGCCCCCGCCCCUGCGGCUCCGAGCCCGCCUGCCGCAGCCUUUGACAUCCCCGUCCUCUCGCCUGGCGAGGACGACUGGGACCGUGACUAG